AUGGCUUUGCCUCUUCCCGAUCUUUUCGCAGAGGAAGAUGACCAGGAGCAGGAUGAGCAGGAGGCUGCUUUCACAUAUAGGCCAGCUGGCCGGGGAGGCGGAGGACAGCUCCAGAAGCAGUCGCAGGAGAUCAUCUACAACAUGUACAAGGUUCUGUCGCCGCAUGUUUCGGAGAUCGUGUCAGUGCUGGACCUAGAUCCGCGAAUGCGUCUGUUUGGUUUGAUGAGCAACUUAACUGGUGUGUCGCGCCAAUCCCUGGAGCGGGUUUGCAAGCACUUAGACGAGACACGAGGCAUCGCUCGUGAUCCUGUGAAUCAAGGCGGCCGCAAGAAGAGAACAGCUGCCCAGAGCGAUCUGCCGGACAUCUCUGCCUAUAUGCCUUCGGCAACAGUUCGUGGUCCAUUGCCGUCCCUGGUAGCAGAGGAGUCUGCAGUGCCAGAGUCGGUUCCCGAGGUUCUCAUAGAGGACUUGAUGGCAGAGCCAGGUGCAGCGGCAGCGGCCUUCGAGGUGGCCGAGGAGGAGGGGGACGCCGAAAACCCGGAGGAGUCGGCGCUUUUUCUUGGCGUCAAGCGAGUGACACCAGGAGUACUUCGCCAGGUUCAAGCUGCUGGCUGCGCUGCGGAGAUGCAACCACUGUCAAUCCUGGAUGAAGACAGCCAGAAUCAUGUGGUGGGAUUGCGGCUAUGUUCCCUUGCACUACGUCUAGAAACGAGAGCCUUAGGCGGCCGCGAAUUUGAAGACUCUGUGGAUUGGAUCGAUCUUUUUUUUCCCGGGCAGCUAGGCGAAUGCCACCACUCAAAACGUUUUAUGGAAGAGAUACUUGUGUCUGCAAGGCAAACGCUGAAGUAUCGGACGUGUGAGGACUUGCAAGUCGUCUUGCCGGCUUUGGGCACGCCUAGUUUUCUGAAAGUGGUCGCAGACGGCUUUACCCCGGCUACCGGGGAACCGCUAGACAUACAGAUGGCGCAUGCCUGCAACGACACUGGAUCCGUCGAUACGAUUCUGCUCGACCUUCCACCUGCUCGCUCAGUACCGACCGAUGGGAAGUCGCCCACAAGGCAGAUUACGGAGAGCAGACUGGAGACAUUGCGGAAACUGGGCGUGGACCAGCAGCAACUUAGAUUUCGUUAUCUUGGCCUGGCCGGAGAUGGUCUUUUGGCAGGGCCUUUCGGCACAGAUCAUGGCUUGUGCUUGGCAGAGGUGCUGUACGAAAGUGUGCCUGUAGAGGUCCCGGAGGAGCAGCCACUUUUUGCCCUCGUAGACGCUGCGAAUCACAGGCUGCCGCUGCCCAAGGACUGUUGGACAGCCUUGGAUGCGAUGCACGCCUCCGACAAGGGAGGAGCUCAUGCCGAUUUUGGGGUGGAGCCAGUGCGGCUUUUUCACUCUGUCACCCGGCGUGUGAAGCGGCUCUUUGGCUUCGGCCGCGGCAUGUGCAUUGCGAGAAGCGUGGCGAAGAAGUUUGAGGUCAGCUGGCACGCGCCGAUGGCACCGUCGUCUGAGUCGACCAGGCUGGUAGCGUAUGAAAGCCGCAGGAUUCCUCCGAUUUUUUUUCAUAAUCUGAGGGUGGCUGCUGGAGCAAUCGCUGUGUCCAUUCAAGCUCGCUUGGAGCGGAGCCGAACAGCAUCCAUGCGACAAGGCCGUCACGUCACCGAAUCUUGCGGGAUGCAGGACAAGGAGGUGAAGGCUCUGAGACAACUGGGGCGGGACAUGCUGUGCCCUGGCAUGCUGCUCUUUGUUGCUCUGCGCUACGACUCCAGGAUGCAAGGUUCCAUUCAAGAAGCAGGGCUUGGAAAAGCGGGUUCAUUGGGUAAGCUAACAGGAAUUGGGGGACAGGCAAACCUUGACCCUUCAGGCCUCUUGAAGUACUUGUACAUGGCGCAGAAUCGUCAAAUGAGUGGGCACGCCAAGCUCACUUUGGCAAUGCACUGUCUUGACAACAUGCGAAGCCAGCUGGCUGCCACACAAGGCCUGCGAGGAGCAUUGCAGUGUUGGAAGAACUUGGCUGACUGCGUGGAUGGCAGCGCUCUUCCCAGAGACACCGUAGCCAGCCGAGCCAGCCGUGAUGCCUUCGUUAAGACGAUGGUCGCCCAAACCGCUGAGCGGCAGCUGCCCACUGCAUGCAGGCUUUUCCUGGAGAUGAUUUUGGAUAGGCACAGUGAGACCUCCCGGCUUUGUCGACGGCGCGUUUUUGAUGAGCUUCAUGACUGUUUGUCAUGCUUCCGAACUUGGCUUGUCAACGAGCGCCAUUUUUUUUGGGUGCGUGUGGUGAAUUGGGCAUCGACUGACAUUCCGGCUGAAUUCCUGACUGCAAAAGGACUUCAUGGUCAAGAUCUCUUGCCAGAGGACCCAGAGGAGGAGCAGCAGGUGGAGGGCAACGACGAGGAUUCCAUGGGGGCUGGAGCUGACUCUGGGGAAGCGGCUGAUCUUGCAGCAGCGGCUGCUUGUAACAAGUGCAUGGAGGGCAUGUCUUCUGUGUCCGCUGCGACCGCGAACACCUGGGCCCAAGCACGGGGCAGCGCUGAGACACCUGAUUCAGAUGCUGACGAGGACGACCCGGAGAAUCCAGAGUCAGAUGAUUUUGCACCAGGCAGGAGCGCCUUCAGAUUCAAGUGGCCGCCAAGCGAAUGGCAGCAGCAAACUAUGCAGCGAGCUUUUGUAACCCGGCAGCAUUUCGCUCUAGUCACGUUGGUGCAGUCCAAGAGCAACAUUGGAGGCAUGCUGGGUCGUCCUGGCAAUGCUGAAAACCUGGACAGGUUCAGGCGGAGCAAACGCUUCAACGUAUCUUUGUUGUGGAACUCCAAGAACAAGAAGCUUUUGUUUCGAGAAAGGACUUACACUUUGAAGGAAUGCUGGGCCGACAUGUUCUACUGCAGGCCUCAGAAGCUGGGGCGAUGUGUGUGGUCGUUUGGACAAACCGUUCGUGUGCAGGCCGCCGCUGCGAGACUGUUUCUGGAUCUGCCAGACAGACAGGUAGACUUCGACCAGGCAGAGAUGGAUUUGAAGAAGGAAGCGUUAAACUACCUGGUCGAUGUGUUUGGAUCCAUCUGCUGGAACAGGUCUGCACACGACUGUCCUUAUCAGGACCCGCCAGAGGAGCUUUUCAGUUCAGUAUCCAAGAGUUUCCUGUGGGAGGGCUACAAGAACUUGCGUAUGUUUUCGAGGGUGCUGGUGAAAAACCAGUCCCGAAUCGACCUGGGAAAAAUUCAUUGGUCUUUUCAUGAUGCACUGCUGCUGAAGACAUUUCUGUCAUCGGCUCCACUGAGCAAGGUUCGCAAGUGGAAUGGCUUGUGGCAUAACUUGAUGUUGUGGCACGCCCUGCAUAUCUGGGGUUUGAGCUCAUCAGCAGCUUGCGAGGGCGUUGGCGGGUGUUGCCGAUGGUUGGAGAGGAAAAAAACUGGCGGCCGAGCCUGGUCCACAGGACACUUGAUUCGAGCAACCAUGCUGAGGUAUGCAGGCCGGGUCCGAAACCUUUAA